CCCCCACAUACGUAGUCUUGACGAGCUACGAUAUCCUACUCUAUCUCUUCGAUCAGUUCCAGUGGUGCCAUGGCCCCAGCCGGGAUUACCUUGCAUCUUGUGCGCGGGUUUGUCGCGCUUGGCAAGACCCCGCUUCGUAUGUCUUAUGGAGAAAAUUACCGGCUUUGCAUCCCUUGUGGAAUCUUCUUGCUGCGCGGAAUUUCUCGCCCGAAUCCAAAUGGCUUUCUGCCUACUGGCAGUACAUAGACGCCGACGGCUUCGUAAAGAACGUAAUCACCCGCGAUAGGGAACGGUGGAACUACUUCCUUCUCCGCGCUUCGCACGUCCGUGAAGUCGGCAUAGCCGCCUGUGGCCCAAGUGAACUUGCCCUAGCUCGGGCCCUGACUGAAUACAACAAGGGGAAGUCGUUGCUACCAUCGCUUCAGCGACUCUCUUGGAGACAUGCCGUACCCACGGACACCUCAGUGCUCCUGUUCAGCUCGCCGUCUCUUCGCGAUCUGGAGGUGGCCGUCUCACGUCUUGGCACCGAGACCGGCAUGACGAUCAACUCAAUCGUCCCAGCUGGGCCGGAACUACGAUGGGGGAAGGCUGG